GGAAAUGGAAAGAUUAAUGUUAAGUCAAUAAUGGAGGGCCUGAAGAAGUUUAAACCAAAAGGAAUGGCGACUCUGCAUAAGCUGAAAACUGCAAAUGAUAUUAAAGACAGAGUCACUGGCCACAUGGCAGUUUCAGAAAUUAAACCAAAAUUUAAGCUGAAUCCUCUAACAAAGGUACCCAUCUCCCACAGUAAAAGGGAUAGAGACUUACCAGGAUCUCUUCAAUGCCAAUUACAACACAAAGAAAAGAAGCUAAGUGCUUCACAAAUGGCAGCUUUCCAAGAUGCCUACAACUUCUUCAACAAGGACAAAACUGGCUGUAUUGAUUUCCAUGGACUGAUGUGCACUGUAGCUAAGCUGGGAAUGAAUCUAACCAAGCAUGAUGUCUAUAAUGAAUUGAAAUGUGCUGAUAUUGAUCGAGAUGGGAAGGUGAACUUCUCAGACUUUAUCAAGGUGCUAACAGAUAAGAAUCUCUUCCUCAAGGCAGUGGUUCCAGAAAAGGAGACCUGUUUAGAUUUAGCUGGCAACCCAGGAAUCCUAUUGUUUGAAAUCCUAUCAAAGCUUCUAGAGACUUCAGCCCUACCCAAAAAGUCUAUACUAGAAAUAGUAAGCUAUUUCCAAAGAAAAUUCCAGCAUACUGGCCCAGGAAUGUUGUGGAGUCCCUACACUAUGGGCUAUGGAAAAAGGACACUUAAGCCAGACAUAUGCACACCUCCAAGCUCAAGCAUGGCUGCCUUUGCUAAUGCUGCCCGGAUUGCAAUAAUGAAAGAAAAGGAUUUAUUUAAAUUUCUUGAAGAGCUCAAGAGAUGCAAUUCCCAUUCAGAUAGCCCAUAUUCAAAAAUACCCAUCUUUCCAUUGUUCCCUAAUGUGGAUGGGGUGGUGAUGGGAAAGCCAUUCAAAGACAUGCAGAAAUUAGAGAUGCUAAGAAGAAAGGAGCCUUUGAAUUUCUUUGAGGAUUAUUUUUUCCAUAAAAGAGACUGGAAAACACAGGCAGCAAAUAUAAAGUCUAUGGACCCUGCCUCAGGUUAUUCAAAUAACAUCACCAUUGAUCAAAUACUCAAGAAAAAGCAGACUUGUACAGUGGCUGAUGAAACUGCUAUUAAACAACACGUGAAGAGAGCUACUGAUACCUAUAAUUUUGGAAUUGCCCUUGAACACCGGAAAGAAAUGCUAAACCUCUGGCAGAAGAUCCGAGGGGAUUUGAUUGGGAUAGACUCUAGAAAUGAGUCCUUUUAUGACACCUUUUCUACUUAUACAUGGUCCUGGAAUGUUUGCCAAGAACUACUUUCUCCUAAGGACUUAAGGUUAUAUGAUGCCUAUGUGAAUAGAAAUUCCUCCCAUAACUCCAGAUCCUUUUCCUCAUCAGAUACCAGUGAAUGUGACACAGACUCAGGAAGAAAAAGAAAACGGAAAGGUUUAAAGGGAUUUCAGUAAUGAAAUUUCUACAUUUUCUAAACAGCUCAUCA